CGCGCGCUGAGAAAGGGGGCCGUUCUCUUGAGCGGCUGGGAGAGAGGUUCAAGGUGCGCGGGGGAAGCUACUCCCGGCUACGGAGGGCGGCUGGGAUUCGAGCGAAGGAGCCGCGAUUGUGUGCCCGGCGCGGAUUUGUCAGGUGGAUGUGAAGGCGGCGUUCACGUGUGGAUGGGAGGGGAGGAAGGGGGGGCUGACGGAUCCAGACGGAGGAGAGGAAAAUCAGAGGCGGCUCACCUCUUCCCCCUCUGGGGCCGCCCCUUAGAGAUGCUAAUAUCCUUCCAGUCCUCUCACCCCCCCCACCACCCAAGACCCCGGCCCCGAGACGGAGGGCUGCGACAAAAGCCUCGUCUUUUGGGCCCUGGCAGGAUUGCUGAAAGCGGCGGCGAGAGUAGUAGCAGCAUCGGCGGCGGGAAGGGUGACGUGUAGUUCCCGAGGCAGUGAAGCUUGGUGGGCUAUGGGAUGGAUGAAGCUGAGCAGGACCAGUACGAAGCCCAACUGAAAGAGCUCUUUGACAGCUUCGAUGUCACUGGCACUGGCUCUCUGGGGGAGGACGAACUGACCGAACUUUGCCACGUGUUGCAUCUUGAAGAAGUAGCUCCAGGAGCAUUGCAGGAGACCCUUCUGCAGGACGGUCUCCCUAGGCGGGUCCACUUUGAUCAGUUUAAAGAUGCACUAAUCCUCAUCUUGUCUAGCACAUUAACAAAUGAAGAGUCCUUUCAGCAACCAGGAGUGUAUUCCACUACAAAGCAGAGGUAUCUACAGAGAGAUGGUGAAAAAAAUCAAUACGGGAGCCACUGCCAUACAAUGGAAAGCCAACACAUUGUGAACACUCCUGAAGAAACUACAAGGGAAAUAGGACCAAAAUUGCUACCUUGGAAUAACUUUCUCCAGUGUGAUAUUUUCCAAAUGGCUAUACUGACUGUAGCGAUGAGAGGUGUUACAGUUCAACCCCACUGUAAGCGGCCAGAUUCUUCACCUGAAGCUCAGCCCAAAUACAUCAAGAAUGGAAAGCGCUAUGGGAGGCGGUCCUUACCAGAGUUUCAGCAAACCGUGGAGGAAUUUGCAGAGGUGACAGUGAUUGAGCCUUUGAACAAGGAUGCUCUCUCAUCCCAUCUCUCCAACAAUGACUGUGAUGAGCAUUGGCAAUCACAAGACAGUGAAGAAUAUGAAGCUGAAGGCCAGUUGAGGUUCUGGAAUCCUGAUGACUUGAAUACAUCUCCAAAUAUCUUCCCUUCUCAGGAUUGGAUAGAGGAGAAGUUGCAUGAGGUUUGCAAGAAUCUUGGAAUCUCCCGAGAUGGUCACUUGAACAGAAAGAAGCUUGUCUCCAUUUGUGAGCAGUUUGGUUUGCAGAAUAUUGAUACUCAGAUGCUGGAGGAAAUGUUUCGCAACCUUGACCACAACAAUGGCACAAUGAGCAUUGAAGACUUUUUCUAUGGGCUCUUUAAAAUUGGGAAGCCUCUCCCACCUUCUGCCUCCACUCCAUACAGACAAUUGAAACGGCAUCUUUCUAUGCAGGCCUUUGAUGAAAGUGGGAGACGUACCACCCCUCCCUCAGCAAUGACAAGUACAAUCAGCUUCCGUGUCUUUUCCAGCCUGGAUGAUGGGAUGGGCUAUGCUGCAGUGGAACAAAUUCUUGAUGCUUGGCAAGAACAAGGCAUAGAGAAUAGUCAGGAGAUCCUGAAGGCCUUAGAUUUCAGUUUGGAUGUAAAAAUUAACCUGGCUGAACUGACUUUUGCCCUGGAAAAUGAGCUUCUCAUAGCCAAGAAUGGGAUAUACCAAGCAGCCCUGGCUGCUUUCAAAAUGGAGAUUCGGCAUUUGAUAGAACGGGCUGAUCUAGUUCUAAGGGAAAAGGACAAACUACUUCUGGAUUUGGAGAAAGUGGAGAAAAGAGCAUCCCUAAUGGCCACCGAAGUGGAUGAUCAUCAUGCUGCCAUUGAACGCCAAAAUGAAUACAAUCUAAGCAAGCUGGAUGAGGAGUACAAAGAUCGUGUUGCAGCUCUCAAAACAGAGUUUCAGAAAGAUUGUGAGCGGAUACAGCAGCAGGCCAGCAAGCAACAAGCAGAACUGGAGCAGGAGAUAGAGAAGAUGAAAACCGAAGAGAAUUAUCUCCAGGACCGCCUUGCUCUGACCUUGAAGGAAAAUAGUCGCUUAGAGCAUGAGCUCCUGGAAACUGGAGAGAAAUUGGUGAAGUAUGAAAGCAUGAUGAGCAAACUGCAGAAUAAUUGGGAAAAUGUCUUAGUAGACAAGUUUGGAGACCUAGAUCCUGGCAGUGCAGAGUUCUUCCUUCAGGAGGAGCGGCUGAGUCAGAUGAAGAAGAAAUACGAACAGCAGUGCAGGGAACUUCAAGAUCACAUAGAUGAACUUCAAUCUCAACUGGAAGAAUAUCAGAUACAAGGCAGAAUUAUCCGACCUUCACUGCAAAACACUCUCUAUGAGGAGCUCAAUGAUUGUGGAGUGCAAAGUAGUCAAGAGCCUGCUUCUGAGGACUGCAGCCAUCUAAACAUGAGCAUAGAAGCCGAAAUAAUUAUUGAACAACUAAAGGAUAAGCUUCACCAGGAUGUCUACAACUUGCAGCAGGAGCUUGAAAACACAGUAUGCCAUUAUGAAAAGCAGCUUGAGGAGACCAAAGCCAACUAUAAAGAGGGACAAAAGAACUUCCAGCAGGAGUACUGUCAGGAGAGACAAGUGUUAGAAGAACAAAUUGAGUGUCUGCACAUCCAGAUUUCUGAGCUUCAGGGACAGCUGGCAAGCCUGAGGCAGGCCAGCUCCCAGCAGAGUGUGGAAGGGAACUGUCUCCAGAUAUGCAUGGAUGAGAAGGCUAGCCUUAUAGAAUGCCUGAGGAUUGAUCAUGAGAGGGAGCUCCAAGCCAGACUGAAAGAGGCAGAAGAAAACUUUAGUCAUGAGAAGGAAGAGUUGAUUCAGUCUAAAUCCUGGCUGGAAGAAAGAAUGAGAACUUUAGCACAGGCCAUCCAAGAAGAAAAAAUGGAGCUAGAAAAUGGGUUCCAUGAGAAGUUGCAAAGGCUGAUGGAGAAGCAUGCCCUGGAGAUGGAUCAGCUACAACAAGAGCUACUAAGAGUGCAUCAGCAAGAGCUCCAGGAACAAAAGAUAAAAAUGGAAAAUGAGUAUAAUGGAAGAAUAUUUCAGAAAGAGGAAUGGUUCACCGCUGAACAACAAACACUUACAAGGAAGUAUGAGGAAACCAUAAACAAACUUAAGGAUCAGCAUCAACAAGAAUUGCUGAAGUUCUCUAGGCUGCAGUUAGAUGAGAAAUCCCAAUGGGAAUCGGAAAAAAAUGAAAUUCUCCAGGAAGGCAUUGAGGUCCAAGCAAAAUGGAAAGAAAAACUGGAAAAAGAGAAAGCAAUAUCUUUAUUACUGGAACAAGACAAGAAACUUCUAGAGACAAAUUACAAGGAGCAAGUGAACUUGUUGAUCUUGGAGAAAAAGCAACUUCAACAAGAGAUUCAGGACAUGAAAAAACAAGAAAGUGAAUUGUGUGAGAAACCUCUGAAGAAGUUUGAGUGUGAGAUGGGGCUAAGGAAAAGAGAAGAAAUGCCAACAUUAGAGGAAGAACAAAAGCAACUUAGCAAAAAGCUUGGAAGACUGGAAACAGAAUUUGCACAUGAACAAGAAGAACAGAAUUCUAAGACUUUGGAGUAUUUGAAGCAAGAGAUGCCCAGCAGAGCAACAGAAGAAAAAAAUGAAUUGAAAUCAAAGAGUUUAGUGCUUGAAAAUAAAAUAGAAGAUCUACAGCAGGAAUUGCAAUGUCAGUCCAAACUGCAAAGCAAUCUUGUUUCUUUAAACAAGGAUGAGGAAGCAAAAGAAAGUGACUUUCUAGAAUCCGUCAAGCCCCAGGACCCUGGAAAGGAGAUAAAUGUUCUUUCAAAACAAGAAAUAGUUCAAGAUCCAGGAGAAGAAAAUAGUGUAGGAACUACCUUUCUGAUGGAUGACUCAUUGAAAGAACCAGAAAAAGAAUCAUCCCAAUGCCCUGGAUUCAUCCCAUUAGUUCCAGAAACAUUUGUAAGUGCACAGCUCCUAAAUGUAACUGACAAAGACAGCAGUCAAGUUGUAACAGAAGAUGGAAUGAAAAUAUUAGACAAAAUUGCACUUCCAAACAUAAAAAAUGGAGGGACAACAGCUGAAGAAACCAUGGAGACUUCACAUGUCUUGCAGAAGGCCUAUGAAGAAAUUUUGGCAGAGAAUGAAGCCCUUAAACUGCGACAGAAUCAGCUUUUGGAGAGGAUCAUUCUGCUAGAAACUGAAUGCAAUCAAGCAGCUCAUGCUCGACAAGACAUGGCUUCACAGGUUCAGAAGGAGCUGGAGGAGAUCCUUAAAACUAUUCCCCAGCCUAAUGUGUUGGCAUGUGAAAGUGAUGAGAAGGGGGGAAGUUUACACUGGGAAAAAUUGCCUACUGGCUGUGCAACCAAAAACCAAAUGCUCUUUGCUGAAGCUUUGGAUGCUGAUUUAAGUGUUGAGGAAAUGAGUGCCUACUCUCUUUUAUUAGAGGCAGAUCAUGGAGAAGCUAGAACUGACAAGGGAGACCUCCAUGAUGUAGUAUCAGGAUUUUGGGAUGUGGAUAUGAUGGAAGAUGCAGACUCCAGAAUAGGAUCUGAAAUCUUCCAAUUUCCAGAAGAACUCAAACUGGAAAACCAAGCCCUAAAAACAGAGAUAAUCAAAUUGUUAGAGCGUAACAAUAAAUUGGAGGGAUACAUGCCAAUAUUUAUAAGCCUGCAGUCCAGGCUAGAUGAAACCAACCAAGACUGCUUAACACUUAAGGAGGAGAAAGGGCAACUGUUACAGAAAGUGAAAGACCUGGAAAAGAAACAGGACCAAUUGGUGAUGGAAAAUGCCAACCUGCAAAAGUCAAAGCUGAUUUUGCAAAGCCAGCUUGGCAAACUAAAUGAGUUCAUGCUGAAUCUGCAACCCCAGAGGAGUGGACGGCUGAGCCGUUGUGAGAAUGUCACCAAAGAUGCAGAAGUGGACAGGAAAGGGCUUCAUGAGCUGAACAAGAAGCUCAAAGAGAAAAUAGCAGUGCUCCUGAAGCAGAAAGGCACCCAUACUCAGGAGAAGGAGAGUCUGAAUGCUGUUCUUCAGAGUUUGCAGAGCACCUACAAUGAGCAGCUUCAGAAGAUUGAGUUUUUGAGGGAAAAAACAGAGGCCGUGCUGAAGGAGAAAAUGGUCGUGCAGAAGAUAGCUGAAAGCUUGAAGAAGCAGGUAUCUGAACUGAAAGCCAGGAAUCAGCAAUUAGAAUUGGAAAAUGCUGAACUUGGCCAUCGAAAUUCUCCAAGUCGAGCAGAUAUUCAAGAUUCUAACCAGCAGCUUAUGAAAACAUUUCGGCAAAAGGAAAAGGAAGCUAAGAAAUACAUGUCAGAAGAAUGGGAAAGAGAGAAUUCCCAGCUCAAAGAAGAACUGGAGAACUCUAAUAUUCAGUCCUCUUCAUUGGUCUCAUCCUUGGAAACAGAGCUGGGUCAGCUCAGAAUUCAGGUUCAUGGUCUGGAGCAGGAGAACCAUUUCCUCAAAGAAGAACUGGAGAAUGUAAAACAGCUACCCAGUUGCCUAGAUCUCUCUGAGCUGGAGAGUGAGAUUUCCAGUGUCAUCAUAAAAAAUCAGAAGCUACUGAAAGAGAAAGAAGCCCUCAGUGAAGAGCUGAACCGGUAUAUGGAGAAGGCAACUAAAGUGGCCUUCCUAGAGAGCCUCACUGCUUCUCUGAGAGAGGAGAACUCAUCUUUGGAGCACCAGAAUCAGCAUCUGAAAGCACAAAUGGCAGUAUCACAAGACAAGAUCCAGAAUUUUGAUGAUAUUGUGCAAAAUGUCAGCCUUCAGGUAUCCAGGCUCAAAUCAGACCUGAGGGUUACCCAGCAGGAAAAAGAGAAUCUAAAACAGGAAGUGAUGUCAUUGAAUAAGCAACUGCAAAUGGCCAAUGAGAAGAGUCGGUUCCUGGAAGCAGCCAUGCAUUCAUCAGGGAUACAGAAUCAGCAGAAGAAGCUUUGUUGGGGUGAACUGGAGCUGAUCAAGCAGGAGCAGCAGCUUCUGAGGCAGGAGAAUGAGCAGCGGCAGAGGGAAUUCCAGGAUGCCAAAUCGGAGCUAUCUCAUUCUAGGGAAAAGCUGCUUCACUCAAACUCCAGCAUGAUGCUUAGCCCACCCCAGCACCCUCGAGAACUGCAGGAGAUCCAGCAGCAAGGAUGUCCUGUUAUCCCAUCUGAACAAUACCAGCAGCUCCAGCACCAGUUCCUACAGGCAGAGAGAAGGUGUCAACGCCUGCAGGAGGAGCUUGAGAAUCGGCCCUUGGAAACAAACAUGCCCCAGGGUGGAUAUGAGCAGCUACUACAGACUAUGGAGAAACGCAUGAUGGAUGUUGAACAACAGUUGAGGCUGGUAAAACAGCUUCUCCAGGAUAAAGUCAACCAGCUGAAAGAACAGCUUGUAAGAAACACAAAAGCUGAUGAAAUGGUGAAGGAUCUCUAUGUUGAGAAUGCUCAGCUGCUAAAAGCUUUGGAGUUGACAGAACGGAGGCAAAAGAUGGAGGAGAAGAAGAACUAUCUGCUGGAAGAAAAAAUAGCCAAUCUUGGCAGAAUAGUCAAGAAUCUGACCUCCAAUGUAGGAUCAUCAGCUCAGCUGGGAUCUUAGUGCCUUUCUUUACUUGCACUUAACUAUAGCACAAACAUGUCUUGACCAUUUAUUUUCUGCCGUAUUGCAAGACAUAACCUUCAACUCAUCACCAGCCUAUGUGUGAAACUUCUUAAGUAAUAGUUAGCUAUACCAGUGUUAAAAUAGUAUUUCCUUACUUAUUUUGACUGUAGGUUCAGCUCAACACAUGUACAAUUUGUUAGACUUAUUGGAUUAUCCAUUACUUUAGAAGAAAGUCAGAUGACCAAAAUGACUUGAAACAAAGGCAAUAGAGAUUGGAUAAGGAUGGGCAAUUGAAUAGCAAAUUUCAUGCUGGUAUAGUCCCCAAAAGGUGUAGAUAGCAUUUCAGGGGUGGGGAAAGGCCGUAAGCUAAUUACCUGUUUAUGCAGAAUUAUGCACUUUAUUGAAAGGUGAACAUUUCAUCUAUUUUAAUGCUGCAUUUUGAUAGUUGAAACUUUGGGACUGUUUGUUCUGUGGUCAGAAAUAAUCUCACUACACACACCAAACAUAAAUCCCAAACAAAGUGCCUUACUUUAUAUUUUUUUGGUUUGCAUAAUAGUUUGGAAUGAUGUGUGGGGGCACCACGGCCUAAGAGGUUUCAUCUAUUAUCCACUCACCAUACUACUGAUUCACUUUCCAUGAGCCUUCUAUCCAUUGCCCUGAAUGCCCAAAGCUUCCAUCCACUACUGAAGUUUCAGAGACAGUACUAAUAUGAACACACUUGGAAGAAAAUUUGGAAAAGUGUACAUCUUCUGUUUUCCCAGAUCCAUUCAAAAGAACAAUGGUAGCCCAAACACCACCUUUUUGCCAGUUUUUAGGAUAGCUAGACUAGAAACUCUCUGGUCUUUCAGCUGACAAACACUAGAAGAGACAGGUUAAGAAAGUAGGUGGACAUCAGAAAUGGAGAAGAAAAAUCAAAGGAACACCAGAGCAAGGAUCAGUGGUAUAAAGCAGCUUGACUCUUAAGGGAAAACCACAGAUAGCUCUCUUCACUCCCAAAUUGUCCCACUCUCAAGGUAAUCAUCUCAAUGUCACUAAGGGGUAAUUGUACAGGCUAUAAUCAACUUACAACCAUUUAACAACUGUUUGAAGUUACAAUGGCACUAAGAAAAGUGACUUAAUAUCAGUCAUUGCACUUACAACCAUUGCAACAUUUCAGGGAUCACAUGAUCAAAAUUUGGGUGCUCGGCAACCAGCAUGUAUUUAUGAUGGUUACUGCAUUCCAGGGUCACAUGGUUGUCAUUUGCAAUUUUCCCAGAUACAUCUGACAAAGUUAAUGGGGGAAGUCAAAUUAUUUAACAAUUGCAGUGAUUUGCUUAACAACUGUGGCAAAAAGGUUGUAAAAUCAGGCACAACUCAAUUGCUCUUCUUAGCAAUGGAAAUUCUGAUUCCAGUUGUGGUCGUAAGUCAAGGACUAUGGAAAAGUUGCGACAUAAGGCUGUAGGAUAUGAAAACUGCUGAGAAAACAAAGAACAGUUCCAAAAUUCUGAUGCUAUCUGGCACCAGUGAUUUUUACUGUCAGCAUCCCCACUGCUGUGUUAAUGGUUGCAGAGGACAGGAAAAAAUGUCUUAAUUUGCAGGACAAGCUAUUAGUUAGUCGUAGAACAUUCUUUGCAUGCAGAACAUUCCUCUUAAGAAUCUUAAAUUCCAAUAGUCUGUAUAUACAGCAGCAAAGCUUCAUGUGAUUAUUAAGGAUUAUAAACAUCAGGGCUGAGAAGUAACUGACCUUCAGAUACUAAAUCUGAAUACUGCUUGUAUUUUUACUAAUAUUUUCAGGAACCAAAAUUUCUGAUGUAUACAUUUGAAGAAAGUAAACUGCAUUCUUAAAGAGAAUGCUUCUGUUUGAAACCAGAAGUGACUAACAAUGAAUUUUGGACUGCCAAAUUACUUGGCUUGUUUUUUGUUUUAAAUUUCAUGAUUUUAUUUUAAACAUCAAUUUCAUAUUUGACAAUCUGGAUUUACUGUGAUUUAUUGUAGUCAGAGUUUCUAUUUAUACAUAUGGAUUCUUAAUCACCCGAUCAUUGUCUCUUAGCAAUGGAAAAAGAAUAGUUGCUUGCUUUCUCCAUGCUACAGCUACACUGAAUGUGUGACCUGUUUUUGCCACACUACCAUAUAACUUGAAUAAAGAAUGCAACCAGUGAGACUAAGGCUAAAACAUGUUGUAGAUCAAAAUAUCUGCAGAACAUUUAAUUAGCCAAUUGUGCCUUAUCCUGUUUGUAGCUGCUUCUACAUGUAAAGCAUGUUGAUUCCACCUCUAUAAUAGAUUCAUUCAGAAUUCUGCAGAUGGAAACCUAAUUCCUUCUAGCGUACCAAAUAAUGGUCAGUAGCAUCAGAAAAAGGUCAGGGAUCUCCAAGUAAUUUUGAUGCACUUACUUUUUUGUAAAGAACACUUGUGGAAAGAACUAACCACUGUUGGUAGUUCUUAUUUAGUGCUGGCUAAAAUGGACAGCUUUUUUGUGGAUGGGACCAGAAUUUCUUGGGAGAGGUUGUUGCUGUGGGGAAUGGGAUUAAGAAUGUUGUAAUUAUUAUUAUUGUAAAUAAUAUUUAACUGUUUUACACUCAGUUUAGGGUUUGCACUACACCUUCCAAUUCUUUCCCACUUCAAAUAAUAGAAAGCUAUGCCAGCAAUUUUCAGAAAUUAUGAUUAGAGAUGGAUAAACAGAAGGGGCUACAAAAAUGGGUUUCAGGAGUCUGACUCCUGCCCCUAGGCAACUUUCCCCAACUGGAUGCAAGUCAGAUAUUUUAAGAUCCUUUAGAAGUUUAGAUUCUUAGCAUGGUAUCUGGGAAUCCUGAGAGUUGCACUUCCAAGGCAUAUUGACAGCAUCAGAUUGAGUAAUGGUGUCUCUAACUUCUCUAAACUUUGAACAAGUUCCCAAAGGGUUGCACGUGCACAGAAAAUUAGGUGAUAAAUAUGGUAAAUUUGUCAUGCAAACACAGCCAUUGUUUUUGUUUUGCAUGCGGCUGAAGAAAAACUGACUCAGCUAAAAUAGAACUCUUUUUUUCACUUAGUUUUUUUUUUUUUUUGCAUGGAUAUGUAUCAUUCCAAAGCUUUUUAAAGCAAGAGUCUCUAAACUUGGCAACUUUAAGACCUGUGGACUUCAACUCCCAGAAUUCCCUGGUCAACUAUACUAUACCAGCUGGGGAAUUCUGGGAAUUGAAGUCCACAAGUUUUAAAGUUGCCAAAUUUGGAGAGUCCUGAUCUAAAGCAAGCAACUUAAUAUGGUAGGCUGGUUAAAAUGCUAGACUGAAAGCAUGGAAACCUACUCCACCAUUAUCACUCCCAUCCAUGGGCACUCACACAAUAUCUCAGACUAACCUACCUCACAAAGUGAUUGUUGUGAGGAUAAAUUGAAAGUAGACUCCGAUGUGAAAGAAGGAUAAUCCUGUGGGCUUCAAAACUCUCCUCCAAAAAAAAUGACUGAUGCCAUUGCUAUAUUAUUUGGAGCAAUGUGGUAAGGCAUUCUAUUUGCCAGAUAGCUUAUCUUGUUAUGAUGUCCCAACCAGCAUCAUAGGAUUUCUAUAGCUGCCUCUCAGAUUCAUUAAUUGAGAUUAAUGUUGCCAUUUUAUCAGAUUUGUAUUUGAUAUAAAUAUUUUGUUUCUAUUGUACACUGCCCUAAAAUUAACUGGAGGAUAAACAGUAUUAAAUAUGUUUAAAUACAUAAAACCAA